AUGGAGAAAGCAGACAGCAUCCUGAGGCGGUUGAAGGAGCACGGCAAGAGCGUGCACAAGGCCGUGAGCCGCGUGAGAACACAACAAGACUUGUUCACGGACGCGAUCCUGCACCAGCGAGCCAAGUUGCUGGAGAAAGCAAAGUGGCUCCUGUUCAACCAUCCAGCUCUCUUUCGGGACGAACAGCUUGCGUCCUUCGUUUGGAAGUAUGCGUUCUACAACAUUGUGAGCGUGUGGCGCGGCCUAACGCGCAGGCAGCGCAAUGAACAGGCACAUGAGGGGCAGACACAAGCAGCACACAGCGCGUCACUUGACCCGCAGCUUGGAUCCUUUCUGCUGCAAGCCAUUGGCUGGUUUGAUGCUGUGCUCGUCGGACUGUCGUCAAUGAUUGCAUUUCCACUCGAUGAGCCCGAACGUGCACCGCCCAUCUUGCCAACAUCCCGCCCAGAUCCAAUCCCGCUCGCAGCAAUCACCAUCGCCCACACCAUCCACGUCUGCCUCGGCGACUUACAUCGCUACGCCUACCAGGAGCUGCUUCCGCCACCACCAUCAUCACCAUCUCCGUCACCAUCACCAUCGUGCGAGUACCACCGCCGUGCAUCUGCCACAUCCUACCGCCGCGCCCGCCGCCUGUCGCCGUCGAGUGCGCACCCCUGGUCCCAGCUCGCAAUGCUCGUCCCAACCCAACACCACAACCACCAGCAUGCAGCGGGGAUGCGAGGACGUGCCAUGAAGCUGUACUGUCUGGCCCGCAGCUGCACGACAACACCGCCGCAUACGCCCGCCGCUGUCGAUGCUCUCAGCGCACUCGUCAAGACACUGCCGACGAUUGGAGACCUGCAGUCCUAUCACCACACCAUGCCGCCCGUCGAGCUGUCGUUUGCACAUCUCCUCGCCGUCACGCGCAUGAUCCUCGACCAAGACAGUUUCCCUGGCGAGCGGGAGUUUCACGGUGUCGGCGCUUUCUUCCACCAGUCGCUGCUGCAGCUCAUGUCAUCAUCGUUCGCAUUCAACUCAUUCCGACCGCGGCCUGACAGCGACUGCGAUGACAGAAUCGUAUACACAGAGGACGUCUUUGAGUUGUGCUUUGCAGCUGUGUUCUGUUCCCACUCAUCGCGUCACGUCCCAACGAAGGACACCGCUGCCGUCAUCUUUGCACUCACCACAUUCGUCCAGGUGUUGACAUUCACGCAACGGCUGAUCCACUCGUCGCCCGCAAUCGACGAAACAGCAAGCAGGCUGCUUGGUGUCGCCCGGCUGGCGUGUGUGUGGAUGGAGGCAGAUACGAUGACGAAUUGGACCGCACAGAACAGCGAGCACCCGCUCCUACAACAGCUGUGGACGUGUGUCGGGCUGCUCGUCAACACAUGUGCAGACAAAAUCGCGUCACCAUCGUCGUCAUCAUCGUCACCGCUCUCGCGCGAACUGCACGACAUCAAACGCGCGUGUGUACUCGUGGAUGAGGACGUCGAGCUGAUCGGCUGCACAGCACUGCACCAUCGCCACGCACCCGGCCUCCAUCAGCACCAUCGCCACGCCCUCGGCCUAUUCGUGUUCCCCUCCACGUCCCCGCUGGCGUUUCUGAUUGCAGAGGAUGAUGGGAUCCACUUCAUCACGCGCGAGGAAGCGGAGCGCCGAGCGCGCCAGCGAAAGAACAACUUGCUGUUCCGCCUCAGCUCUCAGCACCAACAGCACCAGUUGGCUGAGAUGCAAACACAGGUGAAGCGACUGCAGGCGACAUCAUCGCUUGUUGUCGUCACUGAUGCAGAUUCCUUUGCGUCCCAUCCAUACAAAGUCAAGAAGCUUGUGACUGGGCGGCAGUUUAUCGUUGCUGUUCCCGUCGUGACGCUUGAUGGACUGGAUGCGUUGAAGAGCGGAGAGGAGCGCAUCAACAAGGGCGCACGCACGGCGAACCAUCUCCUCGGCAAGUGGCUGGAGGAGGGCUCGUCUGUUGUUGAAGUGCAGGGGCGCGACACUGAUGCGCCAGCACGCGCUCGCGGCGACGACGACGACAGCGGCGGUAAUGAUGGCAGCAAUGAGGACCACGGGCGGCUGUUGUCGUUUGCGGCGGCGGUGGCGGCGGAGCGAAACCACGCGCACGACAGCGUCACCAUCAUCACGUCAGACCAACGCCUCGCGAACACGGCGCGUGAGCGAGGCUUCAAUGCACAGCCACUGGUUGAAUUUACUUCCGCAGUGAGCAAACAAAACGAACCCGGCACCACAACUUAAAACGACCACUUGGCAUGCUCUGAGUGCUGCCAAGUAGCACGCGCGUGCCUGUGCUGGCAGCAAGACACACGAACACAAUCAUGAUGCAACUUAAUACCCGUCUCACAUUCGCGCGCACACACGCAUGCUCCAAACGAAAACACCAUCCCCAGGGCACCUGUCACUCAAAACGGAAAACGGCACACGCAUCCAGUCGUGUGGACCUUCCAUCAACCUCCACGCAUAAUGUCCUCCUCAACACUCCACCAUCUUCAUCCUCUCUCACCAUCACCAUCACCAUCACCAUCAUCGUCGGCCAUGGCGCGCCAUCAGAGCAGUUCGUCGUCGCCGCUGUCGUCCGACCAGCCGUCGCUGUCAUCAUCAGAUGACUCCUGUGACGACGCACACAUGUAAACGCACCGGCGAUUGUGAGAACCUGAAGCAGCACGCGCGUCGCUGGCGGCCCCCAACCACCCAAGAUCAACAACAACAACAACAACAACAACAACUUAAACAACUUAAACAACUUAAACAACAACAACAUCAUCAUCAUCAUCAUCAUCAUCUAGAUGUGCUCACCAAGUUUGUGUGGACGCGAAUUCGAGCCAGAGCGUCGUCAACAACAGCGCCUGCAGACAUGGAAUGUGAAAAAAGCGACAACAGCCGUGAGUGUGAGUGCAACGAUACCAACACACAAUGCUUGUGGCGAAUCCACCUCCUCCAUCCCCUUGCCCAAAUAGACUAUUCUCCCCCCCCCCCUUUCCAAACAACUCAACAGCAGCUUGACGUGACGUGAACUGACCAAGUGCGGAGGGAGCUCGUGCGAGCUGAGUCUUCUUCUUCUGGCGCGCCAUCGAGGGCCGGUGCUCCACACGUCGCAGCGAAUUCUGCUGGAACCCGCGCACAGCAGACAGCAUUGCCUCUCUCCACACACCGCCAUCACCACUUGCAUCCGUUGACCUGGCUGCAUCUUCCACUUGACUGGUGGUGGCUUCCUCCUCAACGGCAGUGAGGCUGCCCUUGGUAGUGCCGUUGCCCUGCUGCUCAUGCUGCUGGUGCUGGUUGGCUGCUGCCCCUGCUGCUGCUGCUGUUGCUGUGUUACCAGCACCGCUUCGCUGGCGACGGUGUUGGGGCAGACGGCUGAGCCUGCGCUGUGCUGCGCGCUGGACGCGCGACGGGGUGAUGCGGCUGAGGCGGCGAACGGCGUUGUCGCGUGCAGCUGCCACCUGAUUCUCGUUGCGACGAGGGAACAUGCUCUCACGCCGCGCCCGUGCCCGCUUGGCCGUUGCAGCAGACAACUCCGCCAUCAAAUCACCGCCGCCAAACGCACUGCCGCUGUUGCUGUUGCUGUUGCUGCCUGCAUCUGCCAUGACGAUGGACUGUGGUCGGGAUGACGAGGACAGGUUGCGGGUGUGCGUGGGCCGCGAUGGAGAUGAGGUUGGCCGCUUGGUUGGUGCGAGCUUCAUUGUCCCAGCCGAGGCACCAGCUGUCGAUGGUGGCGGUGGCGGCGGUGGUGGCGGUGGUGGUGGUGGUGGUGCAGAAGAGGGUGCUGUGGUCUUGGCAGCCUUGUUGGGCUUUGUUGUUGACUUGCUGGGUGGUGGGGAUGGUGUUGCCGAGGCGGUCGCCUGUGUUGGCGGCAGUGGAGGGGGCGGUGGUGGAGGUGGAAUGUUGGAUGAAGUGGAGGAAGGAAGGUCAAAGGUGACACCUUUCUUGGACUUCUUGCUCUUCUUGGUGCUCUUCUUGCUCUUCUUGCUGGUGCGUGUGCUUGGGCUGUCAUCAAGCUGCUGCUGUUCUUGCUGUGGAACAUCCACUUCCUGUUGUUCCUGGUCUUUUUGCUGUUCCUGCUGCUUCUUGUUCUUGUUUGGGGAGGACUUUGUUCGCUUCCUCUCCUUCUUCAUGGCGGCCUUUUCCUCCUUUGCCCUGCGUUUCUCCUCCUUCUUCGCUUCCUUCAGCGCCUUCUUCUCCUUCUUCGAUUCCUUGCGCUUCUGCUGCUUCGUCAUUGCUGAUGGUGAUGAUGGUGCAGCCGCUGGUGGCGGUGGAGGUGGAGGUGGUGGUGGCGGCGGCGGUGCUAAGCCCUUCUGGCGUGAUGGUGGGCGACAGGUGCCGAGUGUCCUGUGCUGUGCGAGCAGCGGACCGUUGUGGAGUGGCAUGCACUGUUGCUGCUGUUGCUGCUGUUGCUGCUGUUGGUCUGUCUUGUUCGCGCUGGCCUCGGCGUCAUCGCGUGGUUUUGGCGCUGUGCUGUUGCUCGUUUCCUCUGCAUCCACCAGCUUCUCGUUGUAUGACGCCAGCUUGGUGGUCAACGCUUGCUCCUUCUUGUGCAGUUGCUCCAGCAUCAGUUUCAGCUGAUUUCAAUGAAAAUACAAACGUAUGAACAUGAA